AUGACUAAACACAUGAAUCGGAGACUAUCGAGUACUCCGGCGCUUCCGGGAAAAUUAUGGCCGAUAUCGCGAGAACACGUGACGGGAUCAUCACGCGAGAAGAGAAUACCUGCAGGAAGUGGCGCGGAAUUUGUCAGGUCAGCGUGCUCAUGGACUGUCAUUGGUUACUGCCAAGGUGUUCUACUUUGCUGUCCUUCUGCAAGUGUUCUGUCCAGCUACAACUGUCUGAAGUCCAACUGCAUCAGUGACUACAGAAAACACAACCCACAUACUUUGAAAGAUUUCAAGCCAGGAGUAGUUCCAACCACUCAAGUUUCACAAGACUCACCUGAUGAUCCUGAGGAAGAUGCACAAAAUCAAGAUGACAGUGUUGUUGAAGCAGACGGUGGAUGUUCAAGUCAUGAUGACAAUGGGAUCGAUACCAGACGAGAAUGCAUUCUUAAGGGACUGUGUGUCUACCUUAACGAAGAUCCAGACAAGCUGGUGAAAGAAUACAAGACGGAUGAUGAAAACACCGCAGCAGCUAUGGCAGAGACCGUCUAUGGCAUCUACAUCAUUCGACACAGCGGUGCAGAGCCCAGUGAUACCCCAGAGGAUGUGGGAAUCAUUCUGGAGGGGGUGACGGUACUCAGUGAAUUGAGGAAUGUACCAUUUGCACUGUCCAUCUUGCUUGCCUUUGUGUAUACUCUGAACCUGAGUUACCCCCAGAGCUAAAAUAUACAUUCGAAGCUCUGCAGAAAAUAAUCCUAGAGCUUGAUGGGAACAGACUGUCUGCAAAAGUUCAGGCCCUUAAGACAGUUCUUUCCCAUUGAGAAUUUUUGCUCAACUGGGGGAAAACCCUUUUGUUUUCCUUUAAGAUGUUCUAAGUUCACUUGCAAGGUUUUUUAUCAACACUAAAUCUCCUGACAUUUUAAUGGGCAGUUCCCAUUAUUUAAUGUUGAGUUCUAUAAGGGGGCUGAGAAUUCAAAUAGUAUAUUAGCCCAUGUCCCAAACAGCAUCUUCAGUUUAGAUCAGCAAAGACUUUUGUAAUGCUUUUCUUCUGUACCAAGUACUCAGAUCCUUUGUAAUUGUGAUUUAAAACACAAAGCGGUUCUCAACUGGGUUCCAAAUUUUUCUGUACUCUUUAAGUAAGUUUUGCCUUUUAUUUAUUUUAAAUUCACUCUGUUCAGUUUAGAUUUUUGGUCACUUUCUAAGAUAAGAUAAGAUUUAUUUUGGUCAGUUGUGGUAAUUUCAAGUAUGUGGCAAAAAAAAAAACUAAACUGACCAAAAAUAAAUGUAAGGCAGUAAUGAAAAUACAAUUAAAAUAAUUAAUAUAAUUAUUAAAAUAAAUGUUAAAAAAAUGAAUAAAAACAGACCAAGAUUAAAGGACAUUUUUCUUAUAUCAAUGUUUGUAAAAACAAUGUGGACCUGUUACAUAUUUUAAGCACUUAAUAUAUAUAUAUAUUUUUUAACCACACACUUUCCGAUCCACCAGUUUAGGACCACAAAUUUAGAGGGAACAGUGCUGAAUAUUUGUUUUCAGAAGUGAUACAUUUCAUUUGCUGUUUAAGUGUAAAAUAUUGUUUUACUUAUUGUUAUUAUUGUUUUUUUAAAUUUGGUUUGUAUUACAAGCAGUACUAGCAGUUUGUAACUGCAUGUAGGACUUCUAUUCAGUUAAUUAAAAAUGAGCAACUGUACUGCCUUUACAAUUUAAAUACAGUUUAUGACAGCA